GAGCAGCAGCAACAACAAUCAUCUUCUACACCACUGCCACCACCUCAUCCUCAUGCCCCCCAACAACAAUUACAACAACAACAACAUGAACAAGAACAACAACAAGAACAACAACAACAACAAAAUCAACAAUUACAACAACAAUUACAACAACUACAACAACAACAAAAUCAACAACAACAACAAUUACAACAACAACAACAACAAAUACAACAACAACAAGAACAACUACAAGAAAGACAACUAGAACAACAAUUGCAACAACAAUUACAACAGCACCAAUAUGAAUUAUCCCAAAUCUAUUAUGUUGUUGUUCUUG